GUAUAACUUAGAAGCGUCUAGAAAAACCCUAGACAAAACCCCCUCCAAGAAGAGGUAAGCAGGAGGCCGCCGUUGUUUCGCUGCAGCAGCCGCCGCCGCCGCUCAAUCUAUCGAGAAGAGGAUGCCGAAAUCCAAACGCAACCGACCUGUGACAUUGUCCAAGACAAGAAAAAAGGGCAGAGAGCAUAAGGAAGCAAUCGUGAACUCUAUAAAGCAGGCACUGGAGGAUUACAGUUCUGCCUAUGUUUUCACUUUUGAGAACAUGAGAAAUCUGAAAUUAAAGGAGUUCAGGGAGCAGCUGAAAUCGAGCAGCAGAUUUUUUCUUGGGUCGAAUAAAGUCAUGCAGGUUUCGCUGGGCAGAUCUGUAGCUGAUGAAGCCAAGCCAGGCAUUCAUAAACUUUCUAAGUUUCUUCGUGGUGAUGCUGGACUCUUCUUCACUAAUUUGGAAAAAGAGGAAGUCCAAAGGUUGUUUGAAGAAUUUGAAGAACAUGACUUUGCAAGGACUGGAUGCAUGGCCACCGAAAAGGUGGAACUAAAAGAAGGCCCAUUGGAACAAUUCUCGCAUGAAAUGGAACCUUUUCUCCGCAAACAGGGAUUGCCUGUUCGCUUAAACAAAGGAGUCAUAGAACUAGUCUCCGACUAUGUUGUGUGUGAAGAAGGGCAGCCUCUAUCCCCUGAAUCAGCUCGAACAUUGCGCUUGCUUGGAAUCAAGAUGGCUACCUUCCGCCUCCAGCUUGUCUGUCGUUGGAGCCCUGAUGAUUUUGAAGCCUAUAGAGAAGGAUUGGAUCUUUCAGAUGUCGAAUCCUCAUAGGGUUCAUCCAUCAUCGAAAAUGUGAUUUCACCUCUUGCCUCUACCUUGUCUGUCGUUGGAGCCCUUAUGAUUUGAAGUCCGUUGGGAAGGAGGGUUGAAUCUUUCAGAUGUGAAUUCUAUGCGGUGCCAGUGAUACAAGUGGUGGCGGAAAUUUGGUGGUGCAAUUUUUGUUUCCUUGUGUCACCUACGUCUAGUUAAUUUGGUGGUGCAAUUGUGAGCUGCUUUGUUUGGAAGUUGAUUUCAUGGCAUCCAUUGGAAUGUAAUUUUGCACCUUACCCCCUAGAAAUAAGCGAAUCUAAUUUAAAAAUUGAAAAUGUUUCAUCUAUGCAGAAACAUUUUUGCGUAAGGUAA